AUAGAAGAGGUCAGUAAGACGAGUUUGUAGCUCGGUUUCGGUUAUAGCCUUCAUGAGGUCUUUUCUACAGAAAAUAUUUUAAAGGUCUUCAUCUUCGAGCUCAUAUUUGCGUCACUGAUUCUAAUUAGAAUUUGAAGACAAAAUUGGCAUCUUGAUUGGGAUAAUUGGAUCUAAGGCAACAAAAAAAAUGUUGCAGUUUGUCUUUUUAAUUUUGCUCGUUUCUGCUUGCAUUCAUUUCACUGAGUCCUGCACUGAUGGCUCAGUUAGACUGGCAAAUCCCAGUCUUUCAUAUGGAGCAGUUGAGGUUUGCUCUAAUGGAUCCUGGGGAAGCAUAUGCAGUGACUUUUGGGAUAAUAAUGAUGCCAGUGUGGUAUGCAAGCAGCUAGGAUAUUCUCCUUAUGGUGCUAUAGGAUCUGUGGUAUCAUAUGUCAGUUCUAGUGCACAAUCACAUUCUAUCAUUGACUUGAACUGUACAGGAAAUGAAACCACUAUACUAUCCUGUCCACAUAAUGGUCUGGCUAGCUAUGCUUGCUCCCUUAACAGAGAUGCUAAUGUCUUUUGUCAGAAUAUUGGUACAAUUAAAGCAGACUGUACUGAGGGUGAAGUGAGACUGGUUAAUGGUAGUACACAGUAUGAAGGACGUGUAGAAAUAUGCAUCAAUAGAGUAUGGGGAACUGUAUGUAGUAGACACAGUAUUUUGUCUUGGCGGUACUCUUGGGAUACACUUGACAGUAAUGUUGUGUGUAGGCAAGCAGGACACAUGGAGCUAGGAUCAGUUGCAUAUACUACAGUCAGUGAAUUUGGGCAAGGCUCAGGUCCUAUACUGAUGUCUUUAAUUCAAUGUAGUGGACAGGAGUCACAUCUAAUUAACUGUUCCUAUUCUCCACUAAUACCAUCAUACUGUUCACACACUUAUGAUGUUGGAGUCAAGUGUGAAGCUCCUUGUGCCAAUGGUACUGUUCGUCUAUACAGUGAUUCAGGUAGCUAUUUCAGGAGAUAUGGACGAGUUCAAGUGUGUGUGAACAAUGUCUGGGGAACAAUUUGUGAUCACUUUUGGGAUGAAAAAGAUGCAAGUGUAGUGUGUAGAAUGCUAGGAUACUAUCCCUAUGGUGCUUCUGCCUUAACAGACUCAUAUACUGAAGGAACAUGGUAUAUUCACAUUAAUGAUCUUAACUGUACUGGGACAGAGACUUCACUUUGGGACUGUCCUAUGAAUGGACUCAAUGGAUAUUCUUGUUAUCAUUAUGAUGAUGCUGCUGUUGGUUGUCAAUUGACUGGUGUAAAGUAUUCUAGUUGUACUACUGGUGAAGUGAGAUUAGUUGAUGGUGCUACAGAGUUUGAAGGAAGAGUUGAAGUGUGUGAGAAUGGAGUUUGGGGUUCAGUCUGUGCUAGGUAUUCAUCUAAUGAUAGAAGUGCUUACACUUUAUGCCAUGAAUUAGGAUAUCAAGGUGGUAUAGCACUUCCAAGCUCAAACUUUGGUGCUAGUAAUAAUUCAAUUUUUAUUUAUCAUCUAUCUUGUGGUGCUUUUCAAUUAAACCUAAGCAACUGUUACCAAAAAAAGUAUCCACACUAUUCUAGUUGGUGGUAUAGUGGGUGCAACAAUUAUCAAGAAUUAAGUAUUAGAUGUGAAAAUUCUUGUGUUAGCAAUAAAAUAGACCUAUUUGCUGGCCCUUCUAGUCGUCAUGGUAAUGUAAGAGUCUGUGUCAAUGGUUCAUGGGUUAUGGUGUGUGGAUAUGGUAAUACUGUCAUUGAUAAUAAUCUAGCUAGUGUUGUCUGUUCCAGCAUUGGAUACUCAGCUUAUGGUGCUAAAAGUGCUAGAGGUUUAUGGAAUAAUUAUAACUAUCCAUAUCAGUUUUAUAAUGUUCGGUGCUAUGGAAACGAGAGUAGCUUAUUUGAGUGUCAGUAUAAUACUAAAGAAUCAUGUCCUAAUGAGGACUAUGGAGCAAUUGCUGUCUUUUGUCUGCUCAAUAAUGAUUAUAUUCCAGUAAACUGUACAGAUGGUGAUGUUAGACUUUAUGAUGGGUCUACACCUAACCAAGGAAUACUUCAUGUGUGUACUAAUGGAAUCUGGGGAACUGUUUGCAGUAAUAACAAUUGGAAUAACAUUGAAACUGAUGUUGCUUGUUUUCAAUUGGGGUACUACAGCUAUGGUAAUUCUUUCUUAAGAAGGACCACUGCUGGAAUGUUUCCAAUCAUUUAUUCUUAUUUCAAUUGUCAGGGUAAUGAAGCAAUACUGUUGUCCUGUGGCUCUGGACUUCAUUCUAAUAUUCAGUAUUGUACUAACAAUGCCAUUGAAUUAAACUGUGAAACAAAUUGUACAUCUGGUGGCAUACGUGUUGUUGGUGGUGGAUACUAUUAUGGUCGUGUUGAAGUUUGUGUUGAAGGAAUAUGGGGGACUAUCUGUAGAGAUAGCUAUUGGGAUAAUAAUGAUGCUAGUGUCAUUUGUAGGCAGCUAGGAUUCUCUCCUUAUGGUUCAAUAGCUGUUACUUCUUCCUGGAAUAAUGAAGAACAUGGAAUAACUUUUUUAACUGGUUUAAAUUGUAAUGGAACUGAAGAGAACCUUUUUGACUGUCUAGUUGAUGCUAAUGCUCCUGUUUGUUCAUUUAAUAGGGCUGAUGCUAAUGUUGUUUGUCCAGCUCAUGGUGUGUCAACCUAUUCUAAUUGUACUGAUGGUGAUAUUAGAUUGAUUGGUGGUCGCACAGAAUAUGAAGGAAGAGUUGAAGUCUGCAUUAAUAAUGCAUGGGGAACUGUUUACAACUCUCACUCUUACUAUGAUUACUACAGUGAAUACUUUGCUCAGACAGUAUGCAAUGCAUUAGGUUUUACCUCUCCUGGUGCUAUGUACAUGCAUGAUUAUGACACAAAUUUUGGUGAAGGAAGUGGUCCCAUAUUAUUGUAUACAUACUGCUAUUCCUCAAGAAAUUCAUUGUUAGACUGCACCUUACAACCACAGUACAUUCCAGAUGUGAGUCAUGAGUAUGAUGCUGGUGUGAGGUGUGAAAUUCCUUGUAAAAAUGGUGACAUCAGACUAGUUGGUGGUUCUGAUCCAUUGGUGGGAAGAGUGGAGCUAUGUGUUAAUAAGACCUGGGGUACUGUAUGUGAUGAUUAUUGGGAUGACAAUGAUGCUAGUGUUGUAUGUAGGCAAGUUGGAUUUUCUGGACAAGGUGCUGUAGCUAGAUAUAGUUCAUACACAGAAAAGCUCAAAUCAUUUCACAUUGUUGAUUUACAUUGCAAUGGAACUGAAGGAAAUGUCUUUGAUUGUCCUCAUAAUCUUGUUCAGCAGUACAGCUGCAGUCAGCAUCAAGAUGCAAAUGUACAGUGUACAGCACCCAAUACCACUAGCAACUGCACUACUGGUGAUGUUAGAUUAACAAGUGGUCAGUCCCAGUAUGUUGGUUUAGUUGAGAUAUGCUAUGGAGGAGUUUGGAAAUCAAUAUGUCCUAGAGGGUGGGAUACUCGUGAGGCACAAGUUGUAUGUAGACAAUUAGGAUUUACCUCUAUUGGUGCUGAGUCUGUUAAUUUUGGAAAAGGUUUCGGUCCUGUACAUUCAUCAUAUUUUAGCUGCAUUGGAAGUGAAGCCGCUCUCCUGAACUGUAGCUAUUACACUUCUUUUUGUGGCUAUUCAUACCAUGCUGGAGUUGAAUGUGAAUCUCCUUGUAUUGAGGGGGCUGUUCGAUUAGAAGGUGAUGAUAAAUACAAAGAAUUUGGUCGAGUUGAAGUAUGUAUUAAUGGAACUUGGGGCACCAUUUGUGACAAUGGUUGGGAUAAUAAUGAUGCCAGUGUAGUAUGCAGACAGCUGGGAUGCUCUCCUUAUGGAGCUAUAGCUAAAGCCUCAUAUUUUACAGAAGGUAGGCUACCUUUUCAUCUUUACAGUGUGAAUUGUAGUGGUAAUGAAAGUACACUGCUUAACUGUUCCUACUCAACUACUGGAUCUUGCUACAACACUCAAGAUGCUGGCACUAUUUGUCAAACUGUUGGUGUUGCAAAUGGUAAUUGUACAGAUUAUGGAGUUCGCUUGGUUGAUGGAGCAACUGCAAAAGAAGGAAAAGUUCAAAUAUGUCUUAAUAAGGUCUGGGGCGCAUUUUGCUAUAGGGACAAUUAUUAUAAUCAUGAUGUGGAUGCUAAAAUUAUCUGUAGAGAACUUGGAUAUAACACUGGCAAUGGAAUCACUUAUCCUGCUGAGUCUCCUAGUGUAGGUGUUUUGCUGGUAGCUGAUAUGAGUUGUUCUGAAUCUGCUACUAGUAUUAAGCAAUGCAGUCUAACUCAUUACACUAAGUUAUCUUGGUGUGAUGCUAGACACACUGCAGCAGUUAGAUGCCACAAUUGUACUGAAGGUAGUGUUAGACUGAUACCUUAUAAUUCUUAUCCUAAAGAUGUUGGACGUGUUGAAGUAUGUGUUGAUGGUACUUGGGGUAGUAUAUGCUAUCAUCAUUUUACUGACAAUGAUGCUCAAAUCGUUUGUAGACAUUUAGGAUAUACUGCAUUAGGAUCAGUUUCAAUGGGAAGACUCCAUUAUGAUAAUGACAUUCCCCUUCACAUUGUUAAUCUUAAUUGUACUGGUAAUGAAGAGAGUAUAUGGGAUUGCCCCUCAAGUAUACAAGGACAGGAAUCCUGCACUGUAUACUCUGAUGUAUCAGUUGCUUGUCAUGGUUUUGUUGUGGAGUACUCUGAUUGUGCGAAUGGUCAGAUACGAUUAUCAAAUGGAACAAACAAAAUGGAAGGAAGAGUUGAAUUAUGUUACAAUCAUGUUUGGUUUGGAAUAUGUGCUGAUAAUUAUAAUAAUUAUUAUAAUAAUACUGGAACUGUUUGUAACUCAAUGGGUCAUUCACAAAGUGCUACAGGAUAUUCUAGUUCAUUUUUGGAUUUACCAGGAGUUCCAUUGUUUCCUUUUCAAUUCUACUGCUCUAGCAUCAUGGGCUCUCUGUUAAAUUGUCCAAAAGAAGCUAUCAGUUGUUACAGCAGUGCAUCCUCUUAUGACUAUAAAUAUUUAGGAGUAACUUGUCAUGAUAAGUGUAUUCAUGGUGACAUUAAACUCUCAGGUUCAGGGUAUAGCUCUAUUGGUAGAAUUAAUGUAUGUAUGAAUGGUGUUUGGGGAACUGUCUGUAACACUGGCUUUGAUGAUGCUGAUGCUAGUGUAGUUUGUGCUCAGUUAGGAUUCUCACGUUAUGGUGCUUUGCAUACUCUGGAUUAUUAUUACUAUUAUUAUAAUGAACCUAUACUUUUUUAUAAUUUAAACUGUACUGGAACUGAAUUAAGUAUUUGGGAAUGUCCAUUUAAUAAUACUGCACAGUAUUGCUCCACUAGAACUGCUGCACAUGUAACAUGUCAGAUCAGUAAUGCUACUGUUGAUACUUCAUGUACAACUGGUAAUGUUAGAUUAGUUGGUGGUCCCAAUGAGUAUGAAGGAAGAGUUGAAAUAUGUUAUAAUCAAAUGUGGGGAACUAUUUGUGAUCAUUCCUGGGGUACAACUGAAGCUAAUGUUGUUUGCAAACAGCUUGGCUAUCAGAUGACAGGAUCAGUAUCAUUGCGUGGCAGUUACUAUGGACAUGGGAAAGCUCCAUUUGUUAUGGGUGAUAUGUAUUGUUCCAGUAGUCGCAGCUCACUGUUAGAUUGUGAUCAUUACUUUGCAAGUUACAAUACUCUGUAUUGUGGUAUAACUAAUGCAGCAAGUGUUGUAUGUUUAGAAUCCUGUAAUGAUGGUGAUGUAAGACUGAGUGGAUCAUCAGUGACAUAUGCUGGUCGUGUUGAACUGUGUGUUGAGAGAACAUGGACUACACUGUGUGAUCAAACAUGGGACUUUAAUGAUGCUGCAGUGACUUGUAGACAACUUGGAUACUCUUCAUAUGGUGCUAUACCAACAUACAAUUGCUAUACCGAGAGACAGCUGUCAUUUGGUAUCACAAAUCUUGGUUGUAAUGGGUCAGAAGAACAUAUUUUGAACUGCUCAUACAGCAAUCCAGUUUUGUAUAACUGCCUAUCACAUAAUGAUGCUGGCUUAAUUUGUCAAACAUCUGCACAACAGUCUAAUUGCACUGAUGGUGAAGUUAGAUUGGUUGAUGGUAGUGGUCCUCAUGAAGGAAGAAUUGAAGUGUGUAUUAAUGAAGCAUGGGGUACUGUCUGUUCUAAUGGCUGGAGUAAUACUGAUGCUAAUGUAAUCUGUAAACAAUUAGGAUAUCUACCAAUAGGUGGAAGAGCAAGAUCUGGUAGUGUUCAUUUUGGUCCAGGAGUUGGUCCAAUACUGAUGGCUAGUGUUGAUUGUACUGGUAAUGAGGAAUCAUUAAUAGAGUGUAGGACAAGAUCAUGUGAUGCCACUACUUGCUCUCAUUAUAAUGAUGCUGGGGUCACCUGUGAACGUAACUGUACUGAUGGUGAGAUUAGGUUAGGUGAUGGUGCUGUCCUAAGAGGAAGAGUUGAAGUGUGUAUUAAUAAUACAUGGACUACAAUCUGUGCUAGCUAUUGGACUGACAAAGAAGCUACUGUAAUUUGCUCACAGCUGGGAUACUCACGCUAUGGUGCAGUGGCUACAUAUGGUGUAUUCAUUGAUUCUGAGUGGCCAAUUGGUAUAUAUAAACUUAACUGUACUGGAGAUGAAGCAGAAAUAUGGAAGUGUAUGCAUCAUACUAAUGGCAGUAUGGAUGGACUCAAUUGUUCACAGGGCACUGAUGCAUCAGUAUUCUGCAUGCCUAAUAAUACACAGUAUAUUAAGUGUACCAAUGGUGAUGUUAGACUUGUUGGAGGUGACAUAAUGAAUGAAGGCAAUGUUCAAAUAUGCUACAAUAAUGCAUGGGGAUCAGUAUGUGAUAACCAAUGGGACUCUAGUGACAGUAAUGUGGUAUGCUAUCAAUUAGGACUACAACCUUUUGGCUCACUAUCUUUUACUAAUAAUUAUUUCAGUGUCAGUGACAAUCCUUCAUUUGUGAUUGGAGCCUUAUCUUGUUCAGGAUCAGAGGAAUCAUUGUUAGAUUGUUCAAGGCACACAACUUCUGGUGCAUCAAUAAACUGUCAGAGUCAAGAAGUUGCUGGAGUUCGCUGUAUUGAAAGUUGUACUCAUGGGUCUGUACGUUUGCAAGGAACUAGUAGUCAUCUUAUUGGUGAAGUUGAAGUGUGUAUUAGAGGAGUCUGGAGUACAGUGUGUGGAGAAAAAUGGGAUGACAAUGAUGCUACUGUAAUCUGCAGACAAUUAGAAUUCUCACCAUAUGCUGUUUGUGAUCCUCCAUGUGCCAAUGGAGCAUGUGUUGGUAACAAUAGUUGCUUCUGUUCUGAAGGAUAUCAAGGAAUAGCUUGCAAUCAAUCAGUACUUUAUGAAUGUGAAGAGAAUGUUUGUGUGAAUGGAGGGACUUGUAGUUUGAUUGCUGGAGACACUGUAUGCAGUUGCUUAGAUGGAUAUACAGGAAUUAAUUGUGAAGAAUUACUUUCAAGCCCAACAUCUUCUCCUUCUCUGACACCAUCAUCAGCCUCAUUGUCUGUGCUUCUUGUGAUAGUUUUUGUUGCUUUGACUGUUAUUAUUGGAGUGAUUGUUCUUAUACUGGUGGCAAUAUUCUGCAUACAAAAAAUGAAAAGAGAUCUGAAGAAUUCUCCUCAGUCCCCACUAACAAAACCUAUACCUCUAGAUGAUGAUCCUGAAGCAGAUCCAGAAUCAUAUGAGUUGGAUCAGCGUUCUGAAGAACAAAAGGAUAAGAAUUAAUUGCUGACAGAAUAAUUUUUUUGCUGCAAUAUUAUUGUCAUGUCUUGUAUGUAGUUUAGUUUGAAAACUUUUAGUUAUGUUAGGCUUUUGGAAAAGAUAUUGAGAUAGCUUAAUAUCAAUUUUACUGAAAUUA